AUGGAUACAGUUACACCACCAUCACAUUACCGUUCUUCUCCGUUACAUAAAAUCAGUCCCGGCAUUCUCAUUAUCGUUACGGUUGUUGCCAUCACAGUUAUCGUUUCUCUUGCUAUCUAUUUCCUUCUCCGUCACCUCCACUGUAACUGUCUCCGCCGUGUCUCCGCCAAUCCAUAUCCGACAAUCAUUUUAUCGCCUCCCAGCCCGAGAUUCUCAGUGGGAAUACCUCCUUCAGUCAUUGACUCCUUGCCUCUGUUCCCGUACUCCUCAAUAUCUCGCCGAUCCUCCGCCGUCACCGCUGCUGACUGUGCAGUAUGCUUGUCAAAGUUCCGCAACAGCGACCUCCUCCGUUCUCUUCCUCUCUGUUGUCACACCUUCCACGCUGAAUGCAUCGACACAUGGCUCCGUUCAAAUCUCUCGUGUCCCCUCUGCCGCUCUUCCAUAUUACCUUCUCCUUCUUAUUCCGACCUCAUGAAGAUUUCCUCCGACAGUUUCCGAUUUGAAAUAGGAAAUGUGAGCCGGCGAGAAACCAAUCCCGAAUCAGUCGGCGACGCAAGGUCACAUACCAUUGGAUCAUUCGAGUAUUAUGUAGAGGAGCCAUCAGAAGUAACCGUCGGUGGAAAUGUAGGAAGUGGAUACUGGAUGAGGGCUAUAUCUUGGCGUCGCUACGUGUCGUAGUUCCGGUAGGUUGUCAAGGU